AUGUUUAAUGUCACUAAAAAUAAAAGUGAAGCAAUCGUGUCUACCUUAGCACGAAGAGAAGGGCGGUUGGUCGUCUGGCUUCUUGGUGACUGGCCUGUCCUGGAAAUCCCACCUGGGCCACAGGCCCGACGGGCUGAGGAUCUAGUCUUCUGGGAACGGGACUUGCCAGGCUCUGGGACUCAGCCUCAGGCUCGGAAGGCGGCGCUCAAAGCUCUCUGCCUCGGGCUUAGAGGAUCCCGCCCUCGAGCCGCCUGGAGCCUCCUGGAGGGACUGGGCGGCCCUGACGAGGCGCGGGCGUUUGGGGUACAUGCGAGCCUCACGACGCCCGCGACUGGGGACAGGGAAUCUGGGCCGGGCUGGAAUCAGGCCGGCGCGGGAGGGCGCGCUGGGCGGACGCUGGUGUCGCAGGGACCACCCGCCCUAGUCCCGGAGGCCCCUUCGCGUUCCACACAGGAUAAAGAACAUCAGGAUGUGAGAGCCAAGUGCAUGUCCACGGAGUGCUUGAGCCACGCAGAAUGGCGUUUCAGUGCUGGGUUCCGUAGACGCUGUGCAGACCCUGCUGAGUCUUCAGCACCUGUGAGUGAGUCCCCCAGUAUCACCGUGGCUUCCCUUGGGUAGAUCAGUC